CGAGAGCUACAAGGGGAGGUAAUGAACCAUCUGCUCGUCAGCCUGGGCUCGUAUGCCUGCAGCGUUGGGGACCUCAGCGAGGUGCUCAUUUCCCUCUAUGAGAAUACAGAGACCAGAUUCCUCAGUGAGAAGUUUGUGAUGCAUUUUGAUCGAGAAGGAAACCGCCUGGAGGGUGAUAAGAACUCUUGCGGCCUCUUCACAGAUUUGAGUGCAGAGGACACACAAAGAGAUCUCUACCUCGUUCUUCAGAUCUUUCGGAAGGGUCGUUUAAAGGAUGGAGGAAGUGUGAGGAGGCUCAAGCAGAGUUUGAAAUAUCGCAGGCCGUGGGGAAUUUCAGUGUUGAGUUUGAAAGAUUUGUAUCAGAUCCGGCCAGAGAAUGAGCUGGACUACUUCUUGAGAGUGCAUGUUGUGGACCCUAGUGAAACACAAUUCCACAGCCUGCAUGAGAGCCUCAUCAAGAAACAAAUGCAGAUGACCAGCCGUCUGGGAAUUUCAGAUAAACAGAAUCAGGGUAUCACGCUGUGUGUUCAGAUCCUCCAGGGAGAGCUCAAGACUGUGAAGAUGGAGAACCCGACCUUGUUCAGUCGCAACAUCGUCCCCACCCAGCGUAUGGGUUUCUCCGACUUCAUCAAUCCAGGUGAAGUUCGGAAUGAUCUCUAUCUGACCCUGAGCGGUGCGGAGGUUGACCGAGGGAAAAAGAAAGCCGCGAAGAAUGUGGAGGUCAAGGUGGCCGUGUACAACCAGGACUACGAAGUGAUCCCAGGAUGUAUACUUGGAGCCAAUGGGGAUCCUCUUGCCUCUGAGUUCUUCUCCUAUGUAUCAUAUCACAGCAAUAGCCCACAUUGGAAUGAAACCAUUAAGUUGUCCAUACCCAUUGAAAGAUUCAACACUGCUCAUAUACGACUGGACCUCUGGCAUUGCUCAAGUAACACAGAGAAAGUGCUAGUUGGGUUUGCAUUCCUGGAACUGACGGUGAAGGGUAACAUCACUCGCCAGAACAAGAAAUAUGAUCUUUGUUUGUACAAGUACGAUGAAAAGAAGGCUCCGAAGAAUUAUUUACGAUUGCCUUGUCUCCAUGAAAGCUCUGGUGUCCUGUCAACCCUCAUGCCUUCAAAGCCUGUCAAUUUGCCAGUCUCUCUCUCCACAAAGGAGUGGGUCACUGUUGAGACUUUCCUUUGCUCUUCCAAAUUUGCUCAGAAGUCGGAGUUGCUCAGUGUCCUCCAGUGGUCCUCCAAUCCUCGAGAAAACAUUCCACGCAGUCUAGAAAACCUGCUCACUCUCAAAGGACAGGAGCUUGUCAGGUAUCUACAAGACGUCUUGGAUGCCCUGUUUGACAUGCUCAGAUUGGAGGAUUCGGAGAAGAUUCCGUUUUCCAUGAACGUGUUUCAUGCCCUGGUGUAUAUAUUUUACUUGCUGCAAGAGGAUAUGUUUGAAAAGUUUGCUGUUGUGUUAGAAGACUACUUAGAGAAGUCUUUUGCUUCAACUGUUGCUCACAGAGAUCUUUUGAAAUGCCUGAAGAAAUAUCUGGAGACAGUCUACACCUGUACUGACUUUGAAGAAAAGGGACAAACUAAGAAAGUCUUUAAGGUUUUGGAAGAGAUCUUCAAGUUUGCAGUGAAGUCCAGUCUUCUUCAUCAGAGACUUCAUGGCACUGCACAAACUCAAGAAUUCUGGAAAAAUCUCAAAGAAGUCUUUGAAGACUUUGGUCGGGUGCUGAGUUCCUCGGAAAAAGAACUGAGAAAAUCCCAGGCACUGUUGCUGACAAACUUGCACAAAGCGUUCAUUCCGCUCCUCCACCUGUUGCCCACGGGAGACCUGGCCGAAAUGGUGGUGUUUCUGCUCAACAGGACUCACAAAGAAGCCAGUGGCUCUGUGCUCCGUGCCAAGACGCAGUUUGUGAAACAUUGCAUCAACUCAAAGCUGCUGCUGGACGCAGCGUCUCGUGAAAAGUUGCUACAUCUGUGUGUGUCUCACCUCAAGAGAUGUCUGAUCCACAAGUACAACCUGGCCCUCACGGCAAACACUCUGGGUGAUCUGCUCAGUGUGAUCUUUGACCUCAAGGAGACUACAGAUGUGAAGGAAGAGGUGACCCGCAUCAUCAAGGGCUUGUUUGAUGUGACUGUCCGCACAAUGUGGACUGUGAAUGAGGCGCAGAGGGAGGAGGCUGGGAGUUUGCUCAUCGCCUGCCUCACAGAAAUGCUGCGUUUGAUGGAUGUGACGCAUUACAAAAAACUCAUGAAUGGCUUUUCGAAACCAGAACCUCUUAGGGUACGAAUGUCAGUGUUGCUGAUGCCCCACAGCUCCUCAUCUCCCGCCUCCUCAAAGGACUUUUUGAAUCGAGUCCUGCAUGUGUUCCGGAACCUGGUGAUCUCUGAGGAUUUCCCGCCUGACUGGACCACGAUGAAGAUGAUUACAAACAAUGUGAUGCUGACCUCCAUACAGUACAUCGCUGAUGAUCUCACCAUCAACUUUCUCUCCGGGGGAAACUUUGAUCGAGAGUUGUGGCACAACUUCUUCCUGUUGGCUGUUGACUUCAUCACACAACGCGCCCUGCAACUUGAGCUUUACUCAGAGGCAAAGCGCAGCCAGAUUAAGGACAGGUAUGAUGACAUGCGGGUUCCCGUUGGAUUUCAAAUACACUCCUUGUGGAAUCAACUAGGCACAAACAAGCAGCAUCUGAUCCUUGAGAUUAUUAACCCAUUUCUGCGGGUGACCAUGGUCCCUCAGCAAGAGCUGCGCAAAGCUACCAUCCCCAUCUUCUUCGACAUUCUGCAAUGUGAGAUGAGAAUUCAGGGAAACCUCGGGCGGGUGGAGAAAAAGAUGUACCAGGAGCUUGACAGUCUGAUCCUGGAGCACCACGGGGACGCUGACUACAAGGAGCUCCUCAAGACCAUAUUGUUGGAGAAGUCCCAGUCGGAGCCCGAGCUGCAGGAGGAGGGGAAGAGGUUUGUCUUCUCCGUCACCGAUCUCCUGGAGAAACUGCUGGACUAUAGGACUUCUACAAAGACAGCCGCAAAGACAUGUACAUCCGCUACAUCUCGCGCCUGUACGAGCUCCACUACCACGCCAGCAACUUUGUGGAGGCGGGCCUCACCCUGAGACUCUACGCCCAGCUUCUGUCCUGGGGCUCCGGGAAUCUGCCGGCUGAGAUGAGCUACAGUGAGCAGACAGAGGCGGAGAGGAAGGAAGAGCUGUUGACCAAGAUUGUCGACUGUUUUGAUAAGGGAAAGGCCUGGGAAUACGGCAUCCCUGUGUGCAAAGAGCUGGGGGAACACUAUGAGAAGACCUUCCAGUACAAGAAGCUGGGACAGAUUCUGCAAAAACAGGCCUCAUUCUUUUACUCUAUUCUGGAGGGUAUGAAGCUGCGACAGGACCCUUCAUAUUACAGAGUGGCUUACUAUGGGAACACCUUCCCCGUUUUCCUCAAGAACAAAGCUUUCAUCUACCGCGGUGACGAGUGUCUGAAGUUGUCUACCAUCAUGUCUCAAGUGGUGACUGAGUACCCCAACGCCACCAUCCUUACCACAAACUCACCCAUCGAUGAAGCUUGCAAACACCAUGAUGCACAGUUCAUUCAGAUAGUGAGUGUAAAGCCAGUGCCUCAGGAGAGACCCGAGUAUGUGGGAAAGGAGGUCCCCAGUGAAAUUUCCUCCUUCUACCAAACCAACGAAGUGGACACUUUCCAGUUUGACCGACCCUACCAUAGAGAGAACAAGGAUAAGAACAAUGAGUUCAAGAGUCUGUGUUUGGAGCGCACUGUAUUGAAGAGCUCGUACAAGCUGCCUGGCAUUCUGCGCUGGUACGAGGUUGUCAACAUACAGGUCAUACAGCUGUGCCCUGUGGAGACUGCCACUGAUACCAUAAAGCAGAUGAAUACAGAGCUAAGGUUGAGCAUGCACAACGCUGUGACGAAUCCGGAACAGAACCUGCGGCAUUUGACCAUGAGACUGCAGGGUGUGAUUAGCGGGGCUGUCAAUGGAGGGAUACCCAAGUACCAGGAGGCUUUUUUCAAUGAUGAAUACACCUCUAGAUAUCCUGCUGAUGCUCAGUACAUUGAUGAGCUGAGGUCUUGCAUUCUUGAUCAGCUUCAAUUGCUUGACCGAGGACUGGGAGUCCAUGGGAAACUGAUCAGUUCGGAGAUACAACCGCUGCAUCAAAACCUGGUGGAAAUUUUUGCCAAAAUCAAGAGCAGCAUGGGAUAUCAGAGUCCUACUGCCAAACAGCGUGGCAGCUACAACUCUAUCGGCACCAACUCCCAGAGACCCAGCACUCCAAGCUCUACUUCUCUCAACUCGAGUAGCAGCAAUCGUUCAUCUGUCGUCUCUGGAAACGAUAUUUCUGCCAUGGAUGAGGACCAGUUGUAUGUGGAAACUCCUGAUGAGGAGAACCACCCUCCAUCUUUCCCUCCCCCUCCCUACCCUGACAAACGUCGCUGCAGUAGCUUGAGGGCGCUGACUCUCAGCAACUCCUCCUUCAAACUAGGGCUAUCUGCCCGCCCCCUCUCCGCCAUUGUCACCCCAACCUUUGCCACACAGAGUCCACCUCUGACUGUUGAAUUGCCCUUACCGAGAGAUGAUGCACCAGGUGGAAAACAAUUUGGAGUCCUGCCCAGGAAGCAGAGUAUUCCAUCAGAUCCGUUCGGUGCUCCUGGCCUGAAUUCAAGUAUUCCUGGUCACAGCUCUCCUUCCUUGGCCACACCAGAGAAAGCCCCGCCCCUUCCUGAUCGUCCAGUCAGGAGUCGAGAUCGAGGAAUGUCCAUUCAAGAAGAGAACAGGAACCGACCAGCGACGGAGAUACACAGAUCUAUGUCUGAACGGGUCGGUAGACAUCCAGUAGACCCUUCAACAACUUCCCCCAACGUCCCCCCACUCCCGGGCAAAAGGAACACAGGUCUCGAUAUGCAGUCCAACAUGUUUGGCGGGAGUGCUAGGAGCAUCACCAGCCUGGAUGCGGUACAGGAGCGGACGCCGACAGACUACAACGCCAACACCAUGUACACCUCAGCCGCCACACCACCAUUAAAUAUCUCCGGGCAGACUCAAACGAACAGGAGACCCCCCCCUCCACCCAAAUCGACAGUGGGUGGAGCUCCGCCACCUUUGCUCAUGCCCAAGCCGAGAAAUGCCACGCCCCCUGUGCGGUCCCCGGGAGGGGCAACCCCGGAUGACCUUGGUUUUGGUCCCCCACCUGUCAUCCCGUCUCGCACUCAGAAUACGCUGUCUCCGCCCCCUCCCACUACCCCCGGCAGCAAGACUCCUCCACCCAUUCCAAAAAGAAAGCCAUCAUCAACAAGUACUUAAGAGACUGAUUACUGAAAAAAUUAUUACUGUCUGAAAAAAAUUAUGCUUGCAUUAUUUUAUUUUUUUGUGUACAAGAGUAGCCAGCUUAGCGUCUGCUCUUAUUCUCAUCCUGACUGAAACUGAGACACAAACACGGACGCUUAAAGACAAAGACACGCACACACGCACACACACACACAUUCCCCCACCUGUCCACCUCCUUUCUCUCGAUGACUGGACUAUUGGGUUACCUAGUUAGUUUAUCUAUAGACAUUUAGGAAUGCAAAAUACAGUCAAAAUUGUCCAAGACAACCACCCAUUGUUGAGGAAAAAAUUGGUUGUCUUAGACAGGCGGACACGAGGACCGUGUCAUUAUAAUAUAAAUAAACUGCUGUAGGGUAAAUGGGAAGGGGUCACUUGUACAGGUAAUUGUCUUGGACAGGUGGCUGUUUGAGCAGGUUCUCCUGUUUUUCUUUUUCAUGUAGUUAUAGGAAAGGUUCAUGAUAUUUGUUUCCAAAGCGUACAGAGAUAAUUGUGUGAAGAUGAUGUUGUUACAUAUAGUAUGUAGGGGUAGAAUGACUUUCAUUGUUAUUAGAUCUGUCUUCUAUGAUGCUCUGACCCACAAGAUAAUUUGUGUCAGCUUUAUGAUUUAAGUUACAUUAAUAUUGAUCAUGGACAGAUGUGUGAAACUCCUUUCCAGUGCAAAAUAUUCUCAAGAUGUUUGUUAGCUUUUAUUUGUUUUUUUGGGGUUUUUUAAAAACAAAAAUUAGACUAGAUCUUUUCUUCAUAGUCACUACCGUAGAACUCGCUCGUAUCUACCACUUUCAUUGUAAAAUGAUGGGCUGAAUUAGCUAUUAGCUUUUUUGCAAUUUUACAUUUUACAGAUGCCUCCUUUUUCAUUCUUCUAAAUAACUGCUGCUUUGCUGUGUAAAUCACUUUUACAUGUCUUCCCUUUUCUAGUUUUGUCUACCAGUUACUUAUGUGAACACUGGAAAUACUCAGUGGUGAGCAGCAUUGUUUUAUUGGAAAUAAUUAACCAAUACUUUUAACAUUCUUAUUUUAUUAUUCUUCCAUUUUAUCAUUUAUUGGACGAAUAACUGACUGAAAUUAAGCAUUUAUACAUUUUUAUAAUAAACGUGUAAGCUCCUAUGGACAAUUACAGCAGCAUGAGCUUGUAACUUUGCUUGACUAUGGCAUAGGUCGACCUGAUACUCCCAUAUUCUGUAACUUUCAAAAGCAUUAUAAAUGUUUGAAAUAUAGUGCUCUUAAAAUGCAGACCUGUACAGUAGCCCUGUUAUGAUGACAGGGACCUGUAACUUUGGUUGAUUGGUAGUCCAUGAAUGUUGAUGACAUAGCAUAAUUUGUUCCCAGCCUUUCCUGUCUAGAUAGUUAUUUUUCAAGCCUUAAUAGGGAUAGUUUUGUACAUAGUGAGCUUAGAGAACUUUUUAUCCACAGCAACUGCACUGCCUGUGAAGAAAGUGCUUAGUGCGCCAAACUUACUUUUUGUCUCACUCAGAUAUAUUUACUUAUGUUUGAAAUGUGUGUUUAUAAACCACUCUUGCUUACAAAUUGUCAUAAUGUGCUCAUUUUAAAUGGUAAUUAGUUUGCUGAAACAAAAUUCUACACAAAGGUCACAGAGUUGUGGUGAGUUUUGAGUGAUCACAAAUUAAUGACUGAGAAUGAAGCUGAGAUUGUCUCACAUACACUUCUUUUGAUUAGACAGCAUUUCGUUUGUUUUAUACUGUGUGAAAAUUCAUAAUCCCUAGAAUCCUAUUUAUUCCACAGAGCAAAAAAAAA